CAGCAUUUAACGAGCCAGACUGUAGGUCCACAUGAUUACGAUUCUGGGAAUGACACAUCUUCGCCGCCAUCGAGCAAAACUGGUGUUUCUCAGGGGAGUGUCACUCUUGACAACAAGAGCAACAGCUGUCAACGUGUGGCCUCGCCAGGGAAGCUAAAGUUCACUGACAGAGACAAUGUCUCUGAUUCAGGAAACUCUGUGACCAGCUAUGCUUCCUUGUGCAAACCUUACGGGGAAGAUGGUUUGUCUGCAACCCUUUUCAGUGGAAAUGGCAAGAGAGAGCAGAUAACCUUGGGGUGUCGGCUAGAGGUUGUGAGAUCCCCAAAGACAUCCAGCUGCUCAGAGAGGAGGAGCGACUUGUCUCAAGGGCGACUGAAAACCCGGUCAUCUAGCAGCAGGAGCAGGAGCAGAUCCUCAGGGAGUUCCAGAUACUCUGGACGCUACUCUCGAAGCCCCUCGCUUUCAUCUUGCAGCUCAUACUCACGCUCCAUGAGUAAUUCAGCUGAUCUGAGGCGAAGAGGAAGCGUAGCCAGCCUGAGCUCCCGAGGAAGCUACUCGAGAUACAGUCCCGACAGACUGCGAGACAGAAAAAGAACAGCUAGCUCCAGAGAGACAGAUGCAAAGCAUACACAUAAAGUUAGUGGGAAGAGGCGAAGACGCAAAUCCUACUCUCCUAUGAAGAAAAGGAGGAGAGACUCACCAAGCCAUCUGGAAGCACGGCGAAUCACAAGUGCCAGGAAGCGACCCAUUCCUUACUUCCGACCAAGCCCAUCCUCUAGCAGUCGGUGCACCAGCGUGUCAUCCUGGAGCAGCCUCUUCACUCGCAGUCGCAGCCGCAGCCCUCUGUACAGCAUCAGCCGCAGCAGGAGCAGGAGCCAGAGCCACAGCUACUCCUCCUACCGGAGCUACAGCCGCAGUUCAUCGUGGAACUCAGUCUUUGGGAGCCGCAGUCGCAGCCGGAGCCGCGGUUCGUUGAACAAACGGAACAAAACCAGGCACUAGGUUUCUCAACAUUAGGAGACCAAAUCUGCAGUUGUGGUUCCCGAUGAGAACGAGGACAGCGGCUGUCAGUGCAAUCAACUGUGUGUGUCUCAGUGCUCAGCUUUGAUGCUUGAGUGGAAAUGUCCUAGCAGUGGUCCAACCACCAUUGAGGCAGUCAUGUUCACUCUGCCCACAGACAGCUAGGAGACUGAAUGUCUUUUUGUCUCUUUUGUUUUUGUAUUGCAUCCUUUGCAUCUGCACUCAUAAUGGCCUGAGACUGUUCAUCUCCUAGAUAUUUACAAUACAAACUGCAUAUAAGAAACAUUAUUACUGAAUUUAGUCACCUACCAUCCCUGUUCUAUAUAUUUCUGUACAGAUGUCUGUACAUUUCACUUUGAUUUAUUUCUGCAAAUGCUUUAACAGGCUGUUAUUUAUUUCAUAAUUUAUGGCACAUAAUGCAGCUUAGUAAUGGGUUCAACAAGCACUGAAAUUACCUCAUUCCCAUUUUGAUUUUGAAUUGCAAUAUAUGUUUUAGCCAUAUGCAAGUGCACAGUGCAUAUGGUUAACAUGUAACUAAUGUUUAACAUGACAUCAAGCAUUUAGCAUACCUGUGUCCUAGUUUUUGCACUAAUAGAUGAAGCAUAGAGGUAACAUUUGAGCCGUUUGAUCCACUUACAAAUGAUUUCACAGGGAUCGUUAUCAGGAAUAAAGAGAGGGUUUGUCGCUCUGAUCUCAACACUUCACAAGGUGGAGGACAAACAUGUUUCCCCCUCCUGACAGCAAGCAAACUGGCUGUCAGCUCAAAUGUCAAAUUAAUCCAUCCUCUGAUCAAGUGGAAAACAAUUGAAAUGUCAGUCCAUGUAGUAUAACAGAGAGCGAUCGAAACAAGGGGAGAUUCUUUUGACAAAACAUCUGAUGAAUUUGUUUUGAGAAAAGGGUGUUUUAAAGAUAAGAUGAUGAACUUUUUUUGUGCUCCAAAGCAGAUCACAUUUGUAGCUAUGUUCAUGUAGGGAAUAGUCUCUGACUUUAUUUGCUAGGUUGUUUUUUUUAAUUAGGCACAGAAAAAAGCUGUACUUUGCUGAAAAUUAGUCUAAAUUUAUGAACAGCACACAUUCCCAGUUUAUUUGGAAAAUUGUGUUCUUGCUGCACCACUGGAAUAAAACCCAUAAACCAUUUUAUUUCUGAGUUGUUACUCAGCAGAAGGUCUAGUUUUGAGUUGUGCAGCGCUAUACAUAUUUAUUACUCGACUAAUAUUUAUUGUUUCAUUUUAACUCUCAGUAGUAGUCAGUCUUUCUAUGCAACACUGUCACUUUGUAGUUUUUAUGACACUGCUGUAACUGAUUUUGUUGUAAAUUAUAAUCCAGCUCAUACAUAUUGUUCAACACAGACUGGAUGAAAAACUGCAGAAAAUGGUGGAAAAUUAUCCUCACUGUCUAAGCUUUUUAUCUUUUGUGUGUUUUUAAAGCACAAGUAAGACAUUUUUGUAAAAUAUGCUCAUCUGCUUUCUUGUCAAGAGUUUAAAGAUCAAUACCACGCUCAAGUCUGUUUCCUAAAUAUAACACCACAGCUAGAAGAUAGCCUAACUUAUUAAAAACACUGGAAAGAAGGAGCAGCAACUAGCCAAACUAACAAAAGGUAACAAAUCUUCCACCGUGUUUGAAGCCUGAUAAUUACCAACUUACAUUUUAUACAGUAAGACAAAUUUUUUAAAACUAGUAAAUGAUCAAAAGAAAAUUUCCAUCUGCAGUAAUUGAUAUUUCUUGGCAUGACUCUGUUCUGGGAACUCGCUGCCUUUUCGUGUCAAAACAGAAAAAGAUGGGACCAGAAGCAGAACAGGGUUGACAUUAGGGGUGACACUGAUUAGCCAGAAACAGCACGAGAGGAGGAGCUAGGGUGGGUUGCAAAGUAGCUUGCAGGUGUACAGCAACUGUGCACAGACUAAAACAAGUUAAACAUACUGUAAGCUAAGUGGGUGUGUUGAAAGGUGUCAGAUAAGGCUGACCUGGGAGCAAAGAGAUCAGUGCAUUUGCUGGGAUUGUGUCUGAGCUUGAGUCUGUGGCCUGACUGAAGUAAAGCUAUGCACUCCAAGGUUACUGCAAAACAAAGAAAACUGUUAAUUAGUGGGUAUUAAAGCUAGUAGGUGGAAUGUGUUACUUUUGGAUAGAGACACAUACCUAUUUCCUGCUAACCAGCAGCUGAUCACUAUGUCACAGACCUGAGCGUGGUAAUGUUCUCAUUUCGCGUGUGCAUCUCCUAAGAUAUCAAACGAUUUCUUCAAAGUUAAUUUUGAGGGUGAUCCAACUCUAUAGUUUCAAUCUGCAAAAAAAAAAAGUUUGAAGUUGCCUUGGCUUAUAAUUAAGAGUUAUAUUUCUCGAUCAUUUCAAAUCCAUCAUCCUGUCUGCGUAACUGCUCCAGGCCUGACAGACUGCUCUCUAUGCACUCAAUACUCUCAGCUUAUUUCCCUGAAUGUCAUCUAAAUUGGAGGAAUGAGGGAAAUAUGACGCAGGAAGAGGAAGGAACUUGGCACAGAACUCAUUCAUAAACUAUAAACUGAUGAUGACUCGUGACAAGCAGUGUUGACUGGAGCCAUGGGAAGAUUUGUGCAGUCAAGUUGACAGAUUUUUCUAGAUGGGCACCCAGGGCAAUGCCCCCCCCCGCCCUCCAUUUCUCAAUGUAAAGUUUACAUCAGUUCUUGUGCAAAAUUAUUUUGUAUAUGUGGUGUAAAUAUGCAUCUGCAUUGUAUAAAUUAUACAAAGGGUGUGACUAUUUCAUUUGGAGAAUGUGAUUGGAGCCUCCUUGGAUGUUAUGGAUAAAAUGUAUCAACCAGUUUAAGAGGAAAAAGAAGACGAUAUGCAUCAGUCAACAGACUCUAGCUGUCUUUGUGCUUAAGGUCCCUUUGAUCAUGUCUUUUGCUAUUUUAAGAAUUCCAAUAACAAGCUCAUAUAGCAAUAGUGAUUCUAUGUUAGUGUAAAAUUAUGCAUAUUCUCCCCGUUUUCCACAUGAACGAGCAUACCGAAAAAGCAUAUUUUUCAUACUGUCACGUUUUAUCUUGCGUCAGUGUGAACUCUACAUUGUAAUGUCACCUUGAAAUUGAAUCGCCCCCUCU